GUGUGAAAAAUGAAAAAUUCUUUUAUUUCAGUGUUUCACAAAGAAACUUCGCGAAUAUUUGGUCAAGAUGAACCUUAAAAAUCUCUUCAAUGACUUCAAUCACAGUAAAUUUGUGGUCUACUUCUGCCUUCUUCUUGUCUCGCUCCUGUUUGCCCUGAGGCUGGACAACAUCAUCCAAUGGAGUUACUGGGUCAUCUUCUUCCCCAUCUGGGUGUGGAACCUACUGGUCGUAUCUGGAUGCAUUGUCGGCAGCUACAUUUGGUGGAAAAAUCCCUCCUAUAGACUCGAGGGAGAUAGCUACAUCCAAUACAAGGCAAUGAUCAUCAGCACAGGCAUGAUCCUCCAGCUGUUUAUGUUUGAGAUCCUGGUCUGUGAUAAACUGGAGCGUGACCAAACACUCUGGGUGUUCGUCUUCAUUCCUCUCAUCUUCAUGUCUAUUAUGUCGAUUGGAAUCUGCGUGUGGGCCGUCAAACAUGAACGGUCCUUCGAGCUGGAGCUGUUUUGUUCUGUCAACAUUCUUCAAUUCAUAUUCCUAGCCCUGAGGUUGGAUGAGUUCAUUCUCUGGCGGUGGGUGCUCGUGUUCAUUCCAUUGUGGAUCGUCAUGUGUGUGGCAUUGAUUGGCGUACUGUAUGCAAUCAUCCUGGCGAUAAUACUCAUCAAAUCACCCGACAUCAUCCCAGAGCAGCGUCGAGGCAACGUCUACACAGCUGUUGGUUAUACAUUCCUCGUGGUGCCAUUGCUCAUAUUCGUGGUUUUGUUGGCAAAUCGACUGGAUGGUGAUACUCAUUUCCUGUACAUUGCAAUCACUUCACCGUUAUUUAUCUCUCUUCUCACACUGAUAAGUAUGUCAUUUGGAUCAAAAGGAGGCAAUCACUUUUACAGGGCUAUCAUGCCGAGUGUUUCAUGCAAAUCUUUGCAAUGUCUACAAAUGUGUCAUUUAAACUGUGGAAUCAAAGUGUGGAAAUCACUUUGUUACUGUGGAAAUGUGUGGAAAUUACUUCGUUACUGUGGAAAUGUGUGGAAAUGACUAGGUUUGUAACCGUGGAAACGACUUGGUAACCGUGGAAAUGACUUGGUUAUCAUGGAAAUGUGAGGCAUUGACUUGGUUACCAUAGGAAUGUGUGAGAAUUACACGGUUAUGGAGGGAAUGUGUGUGAAUGAUUUGGUUACCGUGGAAAUGUGUGAAAUAAUUUGGUUACCAUGGCAAUGUAUUUUGGACCUUUGAAGGAAGUGUGUGUUAGUCACUUGGUUACCAAGGAGAUCCAUGGAAAUGUGUGUAAAUCAUGUUCUAGAUGUGCAUAAAUUACAUAUGGACACAAGUUGACCGAGUUAAAGGUCUCUAGGCCUAUUGAAGACAGACAAAUUCUGAUGGGACAUAUAGUAGAAAAAGACGUAAUGCUUUUAUAUUGAUGACUGUCUUGUAAAAAAAACAGAGGUUGCUUUUACUGUUGGGG